GGGAGGAGGGACCCGGACCGCAUCUCCUUCCCACAAGCGCUGCCGCAUCCGCCAAAGCCCCGCUGAGCCCCACCAGUCCAGCCUGGGUCAAGGGCUCCACUGCGGGAGUUGUUGGCAAGUGAGCCCAGCAGCCGGGGAGGAAGUGGGGAGACUGAGGCAGAAGGAGGGGAAGCCGGCUGAGCCUCUGCUUCCCUCUGCAGAAGCCUGAAAAGCCAUGGCGACUCCCUCUGCUGCCUUCGAGGCCCUCAUGAAUGGGGUGACAAGCUGGAAUGUCCCAAAAGAUCCUGUGCCCUGUGAACUGUUUCUGAUCGGAGAGGCCGCCUUCCCUGUGAUGGUGAAUGACAAGGGUCAGGUCCUCAUUGCUGCCUCCUCCUAUGGCCAGGGCCGCCUGGUGGUGGUGUCCCAUGAGGGCUACCUGGUGGACAGUGGCUUGGCUCCAUUUCUUCUCAACGCAGUGUGCUGGCUCUGCCCCACUCCCGGGGCUCCCGUUGGUGUGCACCCAUCCCUGGCAGCCCUAGUGAGCAUCCUUCAGGAAUCUGCUGUCCAGGCACAGGCUAGGGAAGAACCAGGAGAGCCCACGGGGGUUUACUGCAUCAGCGCCUACAAUGACACCAUGGUGGAGCGCCUGGUCCAGUUUGUGAAGCGUGGAGGGGGCUUGCUCAUUGGGGGCCAGGCCUGGUAUUGGGCCAGUCAGCAUGGCUGUGACAAGGUGCUGUCCAAGUUCCCUGGGAACCAGGUGACAAGUGUGGCUGGAGUGUACUUCACUGACAUCUAUGGAGACAAAGACCAGUUGAAGGUCUCCAAGAAGGUGCCCAAGAUUCCACUUCUUGUCAGGUGCGGGGAGGACCUCAGUCAGGAUCAGCAGCAGCUCCUGGAAGGGAUCUCAGAGCUGGACAUCCAGACCGAAGGCAUUCCCUCGCAGCUCCUGGUGCACGGGGCGCUGGCCUUCCCCCUGGGGCUGGAUGCCAACCUCGGCUGCUUCCUGGCCGCUGCCCGCUACGGCCGUGGCCGAGUGGUGCUGGCUGCCCACGAGAGCUUGCUGUGUGCUCCCAAGAUGGGGCCCUUUUUGCUCAAUGCUGUUCGCUGGCUGGCCAGAGACCAGGCAGGCAAAAUUGGGGUGAACAUGGGUUUGACGAGCCUGUGUCCCCUGCUGUCAGCAGGGGGCCUGGCCUGCAGCCUGGAGCCCCAGCUGACCAGGGACAUGUGUGUCUACUGCUGUAAGGCGUACAGUGACCAGGAGGCCCGGGAGCUUCAGGAGUUUGUGGCUGAGGGCGGGGGGCUGCUGAUUGGGGGCCAGGCCUGGUGGUGGGCUUCCCAGCACCCGGGCCACUCCGCUCUGGCCAGCUUCCCUGGGAACCGCAUCCUCAACCCCCUCGGCCUCAGCAUCCUGGCUCAGACCCUCAGCCCAGGCCGUUUCCCAACACCAGCACCCAAGAUGAGGAGCUACCACUUCCGCAGGGCACUGUCCGCCUUCCAGGAGGCUUUGAGCAUGGAGAAGAGCUGGCUGGCCAGGCUGGGCGUGGAUGGCGCAGCCUUCCUGCAGAUUCCCACUGAGGGGGUCCCCGCCUAUGCCUCCCUGCACAGGCAGCUCAGAAAGAUACUGCAUCAGGCUGGCCUCCCAGCCGUGAGCCGGCACAGCCCUGUGGCCCGUGACUCCCGCGAGGCUGUGCUGCUCUGCCUGGCCACGGAGCUGGCCCGCUCGGGCACCGACUGCUCCCGGCUGGCCCAGGGGCCGGGAACUGGCACCUGCCCCUCCAGCCUGCGCCUCUUUGAGCAGCCCAUCACCGUGGAGAUCAACGGGACCAACCCAGGCAGCAGUGAUUCCUGGGUAAGCACAGGGCUCUACCUCCUGGAAGGACAGAGUGCAGAAGUCUGUCUGUCGGAAGCCACCACCUCUGCUGGCCUGAAGGUACAGCUGGGCUGCCACACGGAUGACCUGAGCAAGGCCAGCAAGCUGUGCCGAGCACCCAUGGUGACCCACCAGUGCUGCAUGGACCAGCCCCGGCGGUCAGUCUCCUGCCUCUGGGGGGGCCUGCUCUACAUCAUCGUGCUCAAGGGCAGCACUCUGGGCCCCGUGCCCAUCACCUUCAGGGGGGUUGUGCCAGCCCCCUACUACAGGCUGGGUCAGACAUCCCAGGAGGAGUGGAGGAGGCUCAUCCAGGAGAGCCCGGCACCCUGGGGGGAGCUGGUGACGGACAACAUCAUCCUGACCGUGCCGACCACUAACCUGCGCUCUCUGGAGAACCCUGAGCCCCUGCUGCGCCUCUGGGACCAGAUGAUGGCAGCUGUGGCCAGGCUGGGCGCCCAGCCCUUCCCCUUCUGCCGCCCUGAGAGGAUCGUGGCAGACGUGCAGAUCUCAGCGGGCUGGAUGCACUCAGGGUACCCCAUCAUGUGCCACCUGGAGUCAGUGCCGGAGCUCACCAACGAGGCGGGCAUGAGGAGCAGCGGCCUCUGGGGACCCGUCCAUGAGCUGGGCCACAACCAGCAGAGGUCUGGGUGGGAGUUUCCCCCGCACACCACCGAGGCGACUUGCAACCUGUGGUCGGUCUAUGUGCACGAGACGGUCCUGGGCAUCCCCCGGGCCCAGGCCCACCCAGAACUGAAGCCUCCAGAACGGGAGAAGAGGAUCAAGACACACCUGGGCAAGGGAGCCCCCCUGAGCAACUGGAGUGUGUGGACGGCCCUGGAGACAUACCUUCAGCUCCAAGAGGCUUUUGGGUGGGAGCCCUUUACCCAGCUCUUUGCUGAGUACCAGACCCUCUCUGGCCUGCCAAAAGACAACGCCAGCAAGAUGAACCUGUGGGUGAAGAAGUUCUCUGAAAAAGUGCAGAAGAACCUGGCACCUUUCUUCAAGGCCUGGGGCUGGCCGGUGCAGAAGGAAGUGUCUGACAGCCUGGCCUGCCUGCCCGAGUGGCAGGAAAACCCCAUGAGAGGGGACCUCCUUUCCCAGAAGUGAAGGAUGUGUAGCCAGCAGGGUCGGGGGAGGGGUGGUCAGUCCUCUAACUCCACCACCAUUUCUGGCCUUGUUCCCCAAGUGCCUUGAACCUGAAUCCUACUUCCCAGCCCACCUUCAGGAAGAUGGUGAAGCUCCUAGGACAGAAUGGAACCACCUUUCUCAGGAGCAUGCCCCAAGCCUCUGCUCUCACCCACGAGAGUCCUCUGGACCCUGCAGCAGCCCAGCUCCAAGAGACACCAAGACUCCGGAGACUUGGUUUACUGUCGUGACCUCUGGUGGAGGGGUUUUCAUCCUGCAGACCCUUAGCUUUUAUUUUAAACCAUUGGUACCAAAGACCAUGGACCUCAACUGGAAUAACUUUACCAUAAUACCCUCUUCUCCCUCCCUCACGCUGCUGGCCCUGAGCAAGGCUGUUUCUGUCUUCUACCUUGAGGAGUUUUCUAAGAGCUUGAGAGACAGGCUGAUGGAGUGGAGAGAGCCCCGAGCCAGCUUUGGGGGUCUGGGACAUCACCUACCCGCUCUGUGUUUCCGUGUUCUUAUUCAUAAAAACCUCUGCCUCCAGGGAUGUCGUAAAAAUUCAGAUCAGUAAGUGUGAGUAUGUCAGUGCACCCCAAUGUGUGUCCACGUUACCGGCGUUCUUUGCCUUCUGCUUGGCCCUGUAGUGGCCUGGCUGCCCAGUCCAGUGUGGACAACGUGGGAACUGACUCUCACUCGAGUCAACCACCUCCAGGGCAGCUUUCAGUCCCUUCCACUUUUUUUUUUUU